UUCUGAGCCCUUGGAGAUGGAAAUCCUCUGGAUUGAUUUAUCAAUCAGAAGGAAUAUUGGUUGAAAGCUUUUUUUAGGACUACAGGAACAGGGAUGAAGCCUGGCAGCAUGAUUGAGUUUUGGAGGCCAAGUGGUGCUGUGUUCUCGUUGCUGUUAAUCUAGUUUGGUUUGUUGAGCGCUCUUGUUACUCUUAUAGUUAAUCAUUCAGAGAAGUUCCUUGGUGUUAUUUUGAUGCAAAUACAUUUUUCUUUUUUCCAUUUUCCCCCCUCAUUUGAAACGUAAAAAUCGAACUAGUUGAAGCUCAUUAGACCUGAGUUAGGUUAGGAGUUUCUGUUCUUGUCAAACUAAUGUAAAGUAGGGGCAGUACAUUUCUCUCCUUUCAGAAUUUCUGCGGCUGCAGAAAUGAACAAAAAAAAAAAUCAAGGAAACUGCAAUAUUUGGAAGAGCUUGCAAUUUUUUUUUUUUAAAUUACCGCAGAUUUGGGCCAAGAUGUGUGAUGCCAUCACAAUGCAAAUUCAGCCAGAGCCCUCUUUGAUUCACGUGUGUCAAACAGAAGUACAGCUAAAAGGUCUCAUUUACCAACAAACAUGACUGUGAAAGGAUGUGCAAAACAAUUUUGUGCAGUUGCAAUUUUGCCAAUUCAAGUAGUUUUCCGUUUAAAAGAAAAAAAAAGGCAUAAAAAAAGUUGCAUUGCAAACUUUGAAAAAAAGCUGCAGCAAAAUCGGACAUUUUAGGCCACAACAGCGAAAUCCUGUAUGGAAUGACAUUUAUGAAGUUAUAUUUCAUGAUAUCAAAAGGUCAGUUUUAACAUCUUAAUAUCCAGGGAAAUGUAUAUCUAUCACAGCAUUAUUAACUAGACUCACUUUUAAUAACAUUGCUGUUGCUGUCUCUGUACUUUAAAUCAUCAGCGCAGUUCAGUCAAGGAAAUCAGCAUUAUCUAUAUAUUUUUUUAAAAAAAGAGAUUUUUACUGAAAAAUUUUUACUUUAAGUGAAGCAGCGUGUUGUCCAGGUCAUGCUGAAAACAAACCUUGUGAUUAUGUGGUUACUAAGUGUGAUCUCACCAUUCAAGGAUGGCUUCUAUUGAUGUAUUAUUAUGAUCUGCUUGACUUCUUGCAUUUGAAAAGCAUUUACGUCGUGUUUUUCAAGCCAAUCUCUGCGUACUGCGUCUAUAGAGUAUGUGCGAUCAACACAAACAUUUUGCUACAUUCCCCUGCGCCGAGAAAAAUACAGAAACCCAAUGUACCCCAAAAUGAGUUAUAAUUGAAGGUAAGGGAAGUUAUUGAGGUGUAAAAAAAAAAAAAAAAAAAAUUAUGCAAAACACAUUUUUUUGGAGAAUUAUUUGAUGAAUUAUUAAGUGGAAGCUAUUCGAUUGGUAUAAUUAAACUCCGUUUAAGCUUGUUUGUAUAAUUCGUCUUUUCAGAGCUAGGGCUACUUUUUCCUAGGGAGUAAUGGGAGUUGUGUGGGAAUGAUCAGAUGUCAGUAUUGCAAACCAUCCAAGAAAGGGGCAAAGCUGGCCUCUCUUUUCGGUCUGUGUCAAGCUGAGAAUGAAGGAAAUGAGUCUUUCAAGUUCACCGCCCCCAAGCAGCCCAAAAAAGUCCCCUCUGCUCUUGGUCCACCUCCUCAGAAACAAGCCCCUCUUUCACCAGCUCCAGCCGUCUUAUUGGCUGUUGCUGUCCAUGCGUUUCACUUUGUGAACGGACAAUACGCUAAGCGUGGCAAGUUGGGCGCGGCCAUCCUGGGAAACCAUGUGAACAAAGAGUAUAAAGUCCUGCUUUAUGGCAGUCAACAGAAACAAAUCACUACAGCACGAAUCCACCAUGGAUUUGUCCUCACGGUUCAGCCUGGUAACUACACUGCCUUCUAUGAUGAUCAGCGGCAGAGCUGGUCUCUGAGGUUUGACUCGGAGGAAGCUAGAAUAAAUUUCUGUAAAGAGGUGUGUGUGGCCAGGUGGAACAGUCAGACCUGCAGGGACACUCUGCUGACUCAGGACUUGGUCCAUGGAGAAGGACAGACCGUCAGCAUGGGGGACACAGUGGAGGUGGCCUUGUCUUGCUGGCUGCUUCAGAAUCAUGUUGUGGGACAGAUAUUUGAUUCCAGUUCAUGCAAAGACGAGCUCCAGCGAGUGAGCCUAGGCUCUGACACGGCUCUGAUGGGAUGGGAAAAGGGGAUGUUAGGGAUGCAGACAGGAGGUCGGCGUCUCAUAAUUGUUCCCCCCAGCAUGGGCUACGGGUCAAAAGGCUUUCCAAACCGUGUACCACCCUCCAGCACACGAGUGAUUGCUGUGGAGGUUCAUCAGGUUAAUCUCUCCAAAGGUGCAGACUGCCAUGCUGCAGGAUCAACAGACAGCAACAAGUCUUUAGUCUCUGGUCUAGACAGAGUAAAUAUUGAGAGUUCAGUCCAGUCUGCUUUGGGCUGCUCUGACCAAGGAGAUCAAGCACCGUGGGUUCAGUGCAGAACUCCACAUGAACUUCCAAAGCUUCCAGAUGCAGAUAAAGCCAGGCUAAUCUCCCGUAUGGCUAAAAUGGGCCAGCCCACGUUGCCUUUCCUGAAAGUACCAACUCACCCAAGUGACUCUGUGAUGGUGGAAAGCAGAGAGUCUGCAUCAGUGUGUGGGUCGCCAGCCCAAGCUGCUUCUGCGUCACUACUGCCUGCAGAAACUGCUUCCUCGAGAUCAUCAUCCGCUGUCUCCUCAAAACCUGCAGCUGUCCAGCACCCAGAGGCAGUGAAUACAUGCACGGCUCAGGAGGUGCAUGUCUGCUCAGAUCGAGCUUUCCAGCUGCAACCUCUGACGUUAACCUUUCCACCCCAGCACACAUCAUACCUGAAUGACGUUGGCUCCUUCAUGAUAACUGAGGCGCGGCUGCAUAAUACUGAAAUCCGGUUAGCUGUUGCAAGAGUGACUGAUAAAGUUGACUACUUGGCUUCUAAGGUGGAUGAACUACGUAUGCAUGGUAUCUCCUCUUUUGCUCUGUCCAGUGGCUCUCUGGAAACAUCCAUGAUCUUGCACAACAUACAGAGAAUUAUUCAGGAAAAUGAAAUUCUGAAGAAGGAGGUUCUAGAGAAGGGCUCUAGAGUACAGGAGCAGGACUGUAAAUUAGGAGAGCCCAUUGAAGAGAGGUGUAUGGAGAAAAGCAGCUUGCUGCUGGAACAGACAAAUGACGUUCUUCAGAGCAGCAGUCAUCAUGCCAGGCUUCUACAAGCUGAACAGGAGAAGGUACGUUUGGCUGAAGAGUUGGACGCAUCCUCUUCUCAUGUGUGUACGCUGCAGCAGGAAGUAGACAGUCUCCAGCAGAGGUUGACAGAGCUACAAGCCGAGCUCAGUGCCGUCGUGCAGGACAACCAGAGCCGCUGUGCUCGGAUCAGUUCUCUGGAGUCUAAGGUGGAAGAGAUGAAGGAGGAGGUUGCACAGUCUCAGCAGCAGUGGAGAGAAGAGAAAUACAAGUGCAGAAAGAUGGAACGGACAAGGACAAUCAUGGAGGAGGAGAUCCAAGACCUGAGGGCAGAGAACGAGAGCCUUAACCAGCUGCUGUCAGACAGGAAGAGGAAGUGGCAGCAGGAACGGGAGUGCUUUCUAUUGGAGCAGGAGAAGCAGCGCAGCAGCAGUGAUCAAGAACGGCACCAGCUCAGGGAAGCCAGAUUCCAGGCUGGAACACACAGCAGACCACAGAUUGAGCUAGAGUGGCAGGAGAGGUGUGAUGCAGCACUGAAGGAGCAGAAAUUAAAACUAGAAGAAGUGAUUACUCUGCUACAAAAACAGAAUGCAAAGUUACAGAAGGAACUAGAGAGAGAAAGACAGCAACUUGAGUCCCAGCUGGCUGUACAGGUGAAAUGGGUGAUGAACGGGCUGUUCCACUCUCUGAGGGCAGAGUUUGAUCGGCACGAGUCUUAUUCUGGUGAAUCUGUCCUACAGAUAGUCCUCAGUACCAUCAAGUGUGUGACUAUGCGGUUCCUUAAGGAGCUCAAGUCUGAGGAGGAGGAAGAGGAGGAGUAUAUCUCUGCAGAGGAGAGACUUGGUGGAAGAAUGGAAGAACAUGGAAUAAAAAGUGAGGAAAUGGAAAGCCCCCAGAGCCUGGACACCUAUAUUACAGCAUAUGAAACCAACAGUCUAGAAGCUUCUGAAGUGAGCACUGCUGCUUCAUUCGCUUCGGAUGUAGACACGCAGCCAUUGACCUCACCGAGUGAAGGCUUUGAAAAUGAGAUCCGAGGUCAAUCAUAACUGGAGAGAUAAAAUGUAAAAAAAAAUUCCAGUAAUCGGAACCUGCACUAAUUCACUCUGACCGUUCCAACAAGGCAAACAGAGGUGUUGUAGGUCAAACUCCAGCCUGUUUACACACACUGGAUCAACUUGUUGCUUAUUUACCAGAUUAGUAGUGCCUAACAGGAAAAUAACCAAAUGUGUUCCAGCACUGGUCUGGAGCAACACCCUAAAACUAGCAGGGUGGCUUUAUCUAAUUUUGAGCUACUACCACCAUGAUUUUGGACUAAUGAAUGACUUUCUAUGCUGGAAUAAUUACAGAGUUUUAAAUAUUAUAUUGCAUAGGUUAAACUUAUAUGAACGGAUUUAAAUGUUGGCAUAUAGCUGUUUUUCAUUUCUUUGACUUGAAUCUAAAAGAGCUUUUCUUUUUCCUUUUCUUUUUUUUAAAAAUGUAAUGAAGCAGUAGCUAUAGCAAGACAAGAAUGUAAUAUGCAAUUUACUGUUGUAUUUGUUAAAUAAAAGAUUAGUUUAAUAACAUUUUAGAUAUAAUAAGUAACUUGGGGUUCAGUGUCUUGCCCAAGGACACUUCGGUAGGUGGAGUCGUGUGGGCCGGGAAUCGAACCACCAACCCUACGAUUAGUGGACAACCCGCUCUACCACCUGAACCACAGCCGCCAAAAUAUACUGUAACAUAAAUACUGCAAGUUGGGUUUAUUUAGAAUAUUCCUAAUACUAUUUAAUAUACUGGUUCAUGCUAAAACGUAAUGCAAAUCCACAAAAACUGCAUGACAUCUAUCAGAAUUUCAAAGUUACGUAAAUCAUUAUUUAUAUAUAAAUAAUAAUUCUUCUUAGUCUGUUGAAGUUUCAAAAUGACUUUCACAUUCAAGGUAAAAACAUGUACAGUAUGUUGUACAGGAAUUACAUAGACUUGGUCUUAUGCAAGCGCUUUUAAUGUUUUCACAAAUAAUGAUGUAUUAGUCAGUUUUAAUGAGAAGGAAUACUGUAUAUAAUCGCUGCUGAUUUUGCUUUUGCUACAUGAGUCUCUAUCUCUCUGCAGGUCUGAUUAACAGAAUGUGUUAGCCUUAGAUAAGCUUUCUUAUUCAGGAUUAUGGAACAUUUCACAAUAAGGGUUAGAACCACAUACAGGGAUACAUGUAUGACAGCAAUAUUCAGUAGUGCAUAAACACAACUGAGUGCCUUGGGAACAGAUUUUUAUAUUUAAAAUGAUUGACAAUGCUUAUACAGUACUGUGCGAAAGUCUUGGGCCUCCUGAGAAAUGCAAUGCAUGUUUUAUCAAGUCUCCACCAUACAUCACUACAAUCAAUAGAAAAGAACAAUACAUUAAUUACUACAACAAAAAUAAAAUGUUUGUGACCUUUUGGUAGAAUGGCAUGUUCUUCCCUCUAAGUCUAUGACUGCUGCUUUUCCCAGUCUCACACAGCAGUACUUAUACUCAGCUCAGUGG